GUGAGUACGAGCGGGUGAUUUCGGUGAUGCAUCAAUGUGGUGAGGGUUUUGCAAAUUUUGCAUCCGCAGCAAACGAAAAUCGAACCCAAUUGUUGGUUUCGGAUAUAGGUCCCGGUUUGAGCCGGAAUUCGGUGAAUGAAUCAAAAUAUUUAGUGCUGUGUGGAGUGUAGGAAAGAACAGUGGCAAACUACGUAACAGGCAUUUCCGACUGAAACGCGUUUUGUGCAGUUUUUCAUCUGAUUUGUGGAGCUGGAGGUGAAGCCUGGUGGCCGUGGCCCCACUAGGAGAACGCCCAGAAGGAGUAGCGUUAUUCGUCCAGGUAGUCGCCCGCAGGAAUCAGCGACACCAGAUCGGAGCUCGCGAGUUUGGAUGUUCUUGCGUAUUUUCUUCCGUUGCUGUAACGAUCAAGAAAUGAAUACGCUGAACAAGACCGUUGGAGCGACCGAGAAUGGAGCAGUACACAAUGAACGAUUGGUAAUCCUGGAUGCUGGGGCCCAGUACGGAAAGGUCAUCGACAGAAAGAUUCGUGAGUUAAAAGUAAAAUCUGAGCUGCUACCACUGGACACGCCAGCUCAGAAGUUAAAAGAGCAAGGAUUCCGUGCAAUCAUCAUUUCCGGUGGUCCCAACUCUGUGUACGCCGAAGAUGCACCGAGUUACGAUCCGGAUAUUUUUAAAAUAGGAUUGCCGAUUUUAGGUAUUUGCUAUGGAAUGCAAAUCAUAAACAAAGAGUUCGGUGGUACUGUUCACAAGAAAGACAUCCGCGAAGAUGGCGAACACAACAUAGAAGUGGAAGCGUCGUGUCCUCUUUUCAAAGGCCUUGCUCAGGUGCAGACGGUGCUGCUCACGCAUGGUGAUAGCCUUGAUCGGGUAGGUAACAAGCUGAGGGUUUGUGCGUAUUCCUCAAAUAGAAUUGUAGCCGGUAUCUACAAUGAGCAGUCUCGAAUCUAUGGCUUGCAGUUUCACCCAGAGGUGGAUCUAACGGUGAAUGGCAAGCAGAUGUUCUCCAACUUCUUAUUCGACAUUUGUGGAUUUACGCAAAGCUUCACCAUCCGCAAUCGGGAGGAAGAGUGCACGAAUUAUAUUAAGGAACGUGUUGGAAGCAACAAAGUUCUGUUAUUAGUUAGUGGCGGCGUUGAUUCUACAGUUUGCGCGGCCCUUCUUCGAACUGCCUUAAAGCCGGAACAAGUUAUCGCUGUCCACAUCGAUAAUGGUUUUAUGCGAAAGAAUGAAAGCGCUGCAGUAGAGAAAUCGCUACGCGAAUUGGGAGUUGAUCUACUGGUUAAGGAUGCACUUUAUCAAUUCACUCGCGGAACUACCACUAUCAAGGUUCCCGGAUCGCUCUACAAUCAGGAUACACCCAUGCUGUGUCAAACAACAAGCCCCGAGGAUAAACGUAAGAUCAUUGGCGAUGUUUUUGUUAAAGUAUCCAACGAAAUCAUCAAGGAUCUAAAUCUGAACGCUGAAGAAGUGUUCCUGGCGCAGGGAACUCUUCGGCCAGACCUCAUUGAAUCGGCCUCUUCGUUGGUGAGCACCAAGGCGGACACAAUCAAAACACAUCACAAUGACACGGAAUUGAUUCGUCAAUUGCGUGAAACGGGUCGAGUGAUUGAACCGCUUCAGGACUUCCACAAGGACGAAGUACGACAACUCGGUUAUGAGCUGGGACUUCCCGCGCACGUGGUCGAGCGACAUCCGUUCCCCGGACCUGGAUUAGCCAUACGUGUGCUAUGCGCCGAAGAAGCUUACAUGAAGGAUUAUUCAGAAACACAGGUCAUAGCAAAAGUCAUCGUGGAUUACAAAAAAAAGCUAGAACAAAACCAUGCUUUGCUGAACCGUGUAUCCGGAACAACGUCCAAGGAAGAACAGGAGGAACUUUGCCGCAUUUCUAGUAGUAUAAAGCUGAAUGCCACUUUACUGCCAGUGCGAAGCGUUGGAGUACAAGGUGACAAACGAUCAUACAACUAUGCGGUAGGUCUCAGCAGCAAAGAUCAACCAAACUGGCAGGACAUGAUGUUCCUUGCCAAAUUGAUUCCCCGAAUCUUGCACAACGUCAAUCGAGUGUGCUACAUCUUUGGUGACGCAGUGAAAUAUCCGGUGCAGGAUAUUACUCACACCCUACUGACGCAGAAUGUGAUAUCUCAAAUACGGCAGGCAGACAGCAUCGUUAACAGGAUUUUAUUGGAGAACGAAUGUAUGCGAAAAAUUUCGCAAAUGCCAGUCAUCUUGAUACCGGUGCAUUUCGAUCGGGAUCCUGCACCGAAGACACCAUCCUGCCAACGAUCGAUCGUUCUGAGACCCUUCGUCACAAACGAUUUUAUGACCGGGCUGCCGGCUGUACCCGGAACGGACCGAUUGCCGCUGCAUGUGCUGCAGAAAAUGGUCGAUGAAAUCAGCAGCCUGAGUGGCAUUUCUCGAGUCCUCCUGGAUCUGACCUCGAAGCCACCGGGCACGACCGAGUGGGAAUGAUUUUCCCGAACAGCGACACGAUGCUUACUGCAGCCACCUCCGUCGCCACCCGUUUUGUUAACAUGAUUAGCAUCAUAUUAGAGACUGUCAUCGCCAUCGAAGCUAUCGUCGUCGUCGUCGCCGUAGUCGUCAUCGCCACUUUGGCUGCAAUCUUAGGUAUGGUAUCGUCGCUGUCAGCUGUUUGGAUUCGUAAUCAUAUAGAAAGAGCUAGGUUAUUUUUAUACGAACGUAAUGCAGUGUAGUUUGGAAACGGGGUUGGAAACGUUUAACGUUUGCCAGAUAAUGUUGAAGAGAGUCGUGACGAUGGAUUCCAACGCAUCGUCUAUCUGGGAAUUGUAAAGAUUACAUGAGUAAAAAUGUUAAGCAGUUAUGUUACAGAAUUUCAGAGGAAGCAUUAAUGCAGAAAAAGCAUUAUGGUUGAAUAUAUAAAUAAAAGGGUAAAGUACCCACUUGAGAUAAAA